AAGACAGUCGCGUCGUUGGUUCUCGUGCCUUCAGACGGCUUUAGAUCAGACUAGACUCAGUAGACGGCAAAGAGCCAUUGUCGGUGGUGGGUCGUGUGGAUCUCUAGUGUCCGGAACAGUUUCGUUAUUACGUUUGGUUUACGUCAUAUUUAACAAAAAGUGAAAAGGUGCUUGUGGCGUUUGAAAAUCACCGUUGGAUGUGUGAAAGAUUAAAAAAUUACCAGAUUGUAUUGAUUAAAUAAACAAACAAAAAUGUCUAGACCAGGUGAAAGACAGAGCUAUGCUCAAACGUACAAAUUGGUUGUCGUAGGCGGAGGUGGUGUCGGAAAAUCAGCUAUUACGAUACAAUUCAUUCAAAGCUAUUUCGUCACCGACUAUGACCCGACCAUCGAAGACUCCUAUACGAAACAGUGCGUCAUCGAUGAUACACCAGCCAAACUCGACAUUUUGGACACUGCCGGUCAGGAAGAAUUCAGCGCCAUGCGAGAGCAGUACAUGCGUAGCGGCGAGGGUUUCCUUUUAGUUUUUUCAGUUACCGAUCACUCGUCAUUCGAGGAGAUGUUCAAGUUUCACCGACAAAUUCUCAGGGUCAAAGACCGUGACGAAUUUCCCAUGUUGAUGGUCGGCAAUAAGGCUGACCUCGACCACCAGAGAGCUGUCCCCGUUGAAGAGGCUCAAAAUUUGGCUCGACAAUUAAAAAUUCCCUACAUAGAGUGCAGCGCAAAGCUGAGGAUGAACGUGGAUCAAGCCUUUCACGAACUCGUGCGGAUCGUCCGCAAAUUUCAGCUCUCGGAACGGCCGCCUCUGAAGCCAAACUACAAAAAGAACAAGACAAAGUGUUGCGUAUUGUAAUAGUAUUUAUCAUCUUGCACGUUCUAUCGCCGUAGUGCUGAAACAGAUAAUUAAGUUUAAGACGAACUAACGAAAGAAAAAGAGAGAAAAUCGUUGCAAAAGCGAUAACAACGUAGAUAAUCACUUGCCAAUAGAAUUGCGGCAGCUGUCCACGUAGAUCAAGGAUGGAAGUUCGCCGAUCGCGAUUUUUACUUUAAGUUAUGCUAUAUACGAUAGUAGGUACUCAUAUACAUAUACGUCAUGUUAUUCGAAAACGUAAUUCGUGAUAUUCCCAGAAAUUAGCAAGUAAUCUCAAUACGUGGAUUAGACUCGUCGCCAAAUCUCAAGUAGACGAUGGCAUCGAAAAACACUUGUGGCGAGUUAUAUUGAUUGAAUAGUAGUAAUAACAAAACCUAUUUGUUGGUGCCUACGAGGAAUUGAUUAUCCAAAAGAUAAUCAACUUUUAUAAUUUUUUUUUUUUUAAAUUAAUAUUUAUGUACACAAUUUUAUUGAUCGUUGUUACAUAUUUUUUGGUUCGAAGUAUUUCGCCUCGAUUGAAUCAUCAAACUUUUCACAAGCCUCGAUAGCUGAAAUUCUUCAUUUAAUUUGGACGAUAUCAACGUUAUACAUUCGAUAUUGCAUUGGAUCAAAAUCAACACCGUUGAUUAGAUGUUAGGCUUUAUAGUAAUUCAAAUAAAACAAAAAAAGCGAACAUUAGAAACAACCGUCUCUGGGGGUACGGUUUUACAAAAAAUAAAAUCAAAAAUCAAACGGCGAUAAAUUUACACAAAUAAAUAUAAAUAUAUAUACAUUUAUAUAUAUAUGGACAAUAUUUAAGUAAUAAGUAAACAUGUCGCGGAGUCAUCAUCUUUUAUCAUCAAAGUUAUAGGCAUACCCGUACUUUGAAAAAAAAAAAAAAAAAAAAAAAACAUUUGGGCCAGUCUCGGGAAUUUCGGAGUCAGUUGGCGAAAGGGAAAAGAAACGUUUGGGGGGGGGGGGGGGGGGAGGGGUAAACUGUAUUUUUAUUCACCUUGAUGUUCGCCAGGAAAUACAAUGUCGGAAUUUCAAUAGAUUGUUCAAAUUACGAAGUUACGAGGUAGGACAACGUUUCAUGUGUUAGACUAAAGUGUUGAAAGAUGUUUCAAUCGUUGCUCGUUGAUCGAGUGAACAUAAAAUUAAUUCAUAUUUGGAACUAAACCAGAAACUAUUUCCAUGGAAUAGUUGGAAGGAGGGGGGCGCAAAAAAUAAAAUAAAAUAAACAAAUAAAACAAAACAAAAAAGAAAAGAAAAGAUGAGAAUUUCAUAAUUGAGAAUAAUUUUUAUAUAUUUUUUAUAAACGUUUCGGAAGGGUUUUUUAAAAUGCUGGGUGAGGAUAAUAGUUUAAAACAACGAGAAGUUCAGAUUUUUAAUACGAUUAUCUAUUUAAAAUACUUUUUAUCUCUUCGAGUGCUUUGGUUCGAAAUAUUUUUUAUAUGCACAUACAUACAUAUAUCGAUAUAAUAUGAUUAUACCUACUUAUACGGAAAAGUACCUACCAAAAUAAACACUGCAGGCACUAAUAAUAGCCUCGUAUGUUAAAAAUGUGUUCUUAAUUCGUACGAGCGAUACAUAUUGUGCAGGAGGAUAACUUGUCAUCAGGCAUAUCUGGACGAAAUUAUUCAUUUUGAAAGAAUAAAAAUAUUUGUAUAUAUUACCGCUUACAACAAGAUAGGCGUAUAAGGUUUCACCAUGGUUGUCAACCUUGGAGGACUAUUUACAUUUAGAGUAUGGCGUCUGAUCAUGAUUCUAAAUUUUUCUUAUUUUUUUUCUUUCUUUUCAAUUUUUUUUUUGUUAUUCUAUAACUUUCAUUCUAGUACCAGAAUUUAUAAAAUGCAGCAAUUUGUACGGUAGACUUAUCAGCGAUUUGAAGAUUAGUUCAAAUUAUUAUUUAUGAAUGAUUUAAGUCAUAAUUUAUUAAAUUUCCUACAAUCUCAGAUGAGAUUUUUAUACGGAUUUUUUUUUUUGUUUUUUAAAAAAAGUAAAGUAGGAAACUAGACAAAGGAUUUCAAUAUUUCAGUGUUGCAGUGUCGAAAUUUUUUGGCAUACGGUCGUAUCUUUUUCAAUACAAAUAUACCGACUCUCGUUAAAUUUAAUCUGUACGCCAGUACUGGUUGUGAAUUUAUUAAUAAUACUGAAGACGCUAGCAAGAUCUAAAUAGUUAAACUCAAUAUCGUCGAAUUACACAAAACGCGAAUUUUUUUUAGAGAAAUUAGAAUGCUUUUUGUCAGAGUAUCGCGCUAAUAUAAUUCCUCGAUGCGAAAAGCUGUGUUUUAAUUAUUAUUCUUUCAUUUUCUACACCGCUACGAACAUUUUAUUUUAUAACGCGUACCACAUUUGUUGUCGAUAUGAAAUUAUUAUUGAAACACGUAAAAGAAUAAUAAUAGCUAAAAUGUGUUAGAGUUUUAAUUGUACAUAAUAAGUAUCAACGUUCUGUAGUUAUUAUAAACAAUGAUUGUUUAUUUAAUGGAUACGAGAGGAAAGAAAAACAAAAAAAAAAACAAAAACAAAAUGUAAACAUAACGUCUUAACUGUGAAUUAAUAAUGUUUAUGAAAUAUUUACAUUUUUAAUGCCACCAAUGACUAAUAAUCAUCAUAUGGAAGUUUUAAUUGUAAAAAUAAUUGUGCUAAAUGUAUAACGAAGACUAAAAGAAUAAUGGAAUUUAUACGCACUAUACAGAGAUUUACGCAGACUCAUAUUCGCACAUGUCAAAGGCAUCUCAUUUUCUGAUUAAUUGAUUAGGGACCGCAUGAAAAAACGAUCGACUACUUCGAGUAAGUGUCCCGUUUGAUCAAAAUUAAGCGCGCGGUCAUUCAAUUCAUUAUUAUUAUUCGAGGUGCCUAUAUGGCCGGUAUAACAGAUGCAAUCGAUGUGCGUUCUCAAGCUAUAUUCAUACAUACAUAGUUAUACAUAUAGGUGCAUUAAUGUAGGUUUAACAAUAAUUUCAUUAUACUGCCAGGAUUACUUCAUCAAUCAUAUUAACGUUCAAUUAUUGUUCACAUAUACACUAAGGAUACGAUUAUUUAAUUGAAUAUAUAGUGUUCUGAGGUCCAAUUGAUUAUCACGUAGUCGAUAAAUUCCUGACAUUCUAAUACAACGUAUGUAUUACGCACAACGGUUGAUUUAUAUAACGAGAAUUACUGUUUCAAUGACAAAUAAUGUACACCAAAUAACACCAAAAUAAACUAAUUAUUACAAAAUCUUUUACAAAAAAA